GGAAAAUAAUUAAAAACACAGCAAGCGGUUUUUAAAUUUCCGUUUAAAGAAAUUUUCCCCAAACAACAGAAAAUUGCAAAAGAAAAUUUUGUUAUAAAAAUGUCCUCACAUGGACAGAGAUCGGAUGCAGAGGAUUGGCGUCCUGGCCUGCCACCAAGCACGGCACUUAAAGUUCCGCAGCCAAGUCAGCACCGUGCCUGGAUAAAUACUGCAUUAGAAGAAAGACUAGCCACGGUCCGAGAACAGGAUCUCACAAGUGUUCAGUUUCCAAAAAACGCUCCCGGUGCAAAAUCAGCUUCGAAAUCUAUCCGGCUUAAGGUAUCAGCCGGAGCAGAGAGCCAGACUACGCUGAAAGCGGAGAAACGCGGCUUAUUCGGACGAAAGAAGGUUGCAAUAGGUGCGAAUCCAAAAAAGUCAACAGUUAUGAAUGGAUUAGGACGCGAGAAUACCGUCCCACAACAUCUAAAAGUGAAGACAUCGCGUAUUCUCUAUACAACUGACGAGGAGGUGCGCGAUGCUCUUAUGGAGUUUGGAAUUUUUAUCAUCUUCCUAGUCCUUACAUCUCUAGUAACUUUGUCUGUGCGUCACCCUCAUAUGUUCUACUUUAACGAUACGAUGAUGAAACUGUUUACUACACGCAAUCUGACUGUGGUCCCAUCAGUGACGGUAUCCUUUGAGAAGAUUCUCACCGUCCCAGAUUGGUGGGACUAUUUGGUAUAUAACUUUAUAAAUACAUUGCACGGAGAUAUGACCCCAGACAGUUCCAAAAACGCAUUAUUCAAAUCUGAUAACGACGCUAAAACCGAUCGGAACUCAUUUAAGUCCAGUGAAGAUAUCUUGUAUGUGGAGGAGGGAAAUAUUGACAGCAAUAAUGAAUCCUCUAGGAAAAAAGGAGAUGCUGGAACAAGACCACUUUACGGCGGGUUCGAUGAUAUCGACGCAGACGAAAAUCUUGAUUACUUCAGCGACAAUGCCGGCGACACCAUCCAAAGUCGUAAUGCUCAAAGCGGUACUACACGAGCUGUCCCAUGGGCUGGCAACAGCUCUUAUUUGACAACCCAUCUCCAGGGUCGCUUAUUUCUGCAAGAGAACCUGAUGCUUGGACCACCACGCCUACGGCAGAUUCGCGUUAGCAAGGACAGCUGUUAUGUGGACGGUGGCUUUACUCGGAAUUUCAACUCUUGCUAUCCCGCCUAUUCCAUGGGGGCCGAAGAGAACACCGGGUCGCACAAAGGCGCUCGAUACCGAACGAUGGGCGAACUGGGCGCCACUCCGAUCUUGACUUUACUUGCUUUCUAUCGCUCUGGUGGGUACACUGUUGAUCUGACCUACGACAAGGAUGAGAAUCUGCAGAUCAUAACUAAACUGAAGGGUGUUAAUUGGCUGGAUCGCGGUUCGAGGCUUUGUUUGGUGGAGUUCAAUCUAUUUAACGAUAACAAAGACAUAUUUCAGAGCGUCAAACUUAUUGCUGAAAUACCUCCCACGGGUGGUGUCAUACCGCAAGCACAUCUGCAAACAGUCAAACAGUAUUCUUUUUUCACUGAUAUCAGUUUGACCAUGACUGUCAUCUAUAUAUUCUGGUAUAUAAUGGUAUUUUACUACACCAUUUGUGAGAUCAAUGAAUUAUGCAAGACGGGAUGUAAAAUCUACUACAAAUCAUUACUAAACAUUCUAGAUAAUGUAGUUUUAGUGUUAUGUUACCUAGCCUUGCUCUAUAACAUUUGGCAUACCCUUAAAAUGAAAUCCAUUACAUCCAAGGCACACUUGAAACCGAACUACCAAAGUAUCGAUGUUCUUUGCUUAUCGAAUAUAAUCUAUGUGGAUAUGAUGGCAAUUUUAGCAUUUCUAGUAUGGAUAAAGAUAUUCAAGUUUAUUAGUUUCAACAAGACACUCAUUCAGUUCACAACGACACUAAGAAGGUGCUCCAAAGAUUUGACUGGAUUUAGUAUCAUGUUUGGUACUGUUUUUUUGGCCUAUGCGCAAUUGGGUCACCUGCUUUUCGGGACUGAGCAUCCAGAUUUUCAUAAUUUUGUUACCUCAGUCUUAACAAUGAUCCGCAUGAUCCUCGGUGAUUUUCAGUACAAUCUUAUUCAGCAGUCCAAUCGAGUGCUCGGGCCUAUCUACUUUCUCACCUAUAUUGUGCUUGUGUUCUUCAUCCUGUUGAACAUGUUUUUAGCCAUCAUUAUGCAAACUUAUAACUCAGUAAAAAAUGAAAUCACCCAAGGACGUAGCCAAUUGGCAUCAUAUGUCUAUAAAAAACUGACUGGUGCCCUCUACUGGAUAACUCACUGUGGCCGUAAGCGUCGUAUUCUGCCAGCCCGCCCGACAACUGCUUUUAAAGAAGCUGAUCUGGAUUCCACGGCCACAGAAUUAAAGGAGCCCAAGGUGCUGAGGAAGAAUAUGACCAAAGAAGAGGCACGAUAUUUCGAAGAUAUUCCACCUGAUGUUCAGAACAAGGAAUUGUUUCGUAUCACCAAUCGCGUCAGUCUGAUUGAAGAAGUUCUCGAACAGCUUGUUACGAACAUGGAUAACAUACUUCAGCGCUUUGAAAGAGACCACGGCGCAAGGAAGAGCUAAGUUCGAAAUAUGUUCGCAGCAUCCCGAUGUAGUCUGCAUUUAAUAAAAUCUGAAAAAUUCAUUGAAUAUAUUGCAACGAAUUUGUAAUGUUUCCUCUGCGACC